AUGAAAAUAUUUCGUCGAAAAAAACCUCAAAUGUCACCUGUUGAAAAAUUAAUACACAAAGGUGAUAAAAACGUUGAAAGAUAUAAACGUCGUGGCAUCUUUAAAUUCUUGUUUGUUCUGAACAGAUCGAACAAAUGUUUGAUCGAAGCAAAACUGUUAUAUGUUCGUGCUGGUAAUGAAGCAAAAAGUGAACUAAAUUAUCAGUUGGCUAUAAAAGCAUACACGAAAGCCGUAGAAAUAUGUGAAGUUGACUCAGCUGAAACUGGAGAAUGUUAUGAAAAAAUAGCCUCAUGCUAUCUUACCUAUGAACCACGACAAGCUAUUGCUUAUUAUAAGCAAGCAAGUCAAAUUUAUGCCUCAAGUGGACGGUAUUCAACAGCAGGUACUCUUCUAGAAAAAUGUAUUCAACUGUGCGAACAAAUCGACGAUUACGACAUAGCGCUUGAUUUAUGUUUAAUAGCGGAAAGAUAUUACAUGGAGGGAAAUGAAAAGGCGUUCGCAUUUCGAAUCAAAUCGAAGAUCGCUGGCAUUUAUGUCGUUCAGCACAAGUAUACAGAUGCAAAGAAUUUAUUUGAAAAUUUAGUCAUUUUGAGUAAACAAGAAUCCACCAUAUCGAUAGGUUUUACGGAUGAAAGACAUCACUGUUUAUGGUAA